UAUUCUAAUACUUUGUUUUCUUCUUUUCAUGUGCUGUACCAUCCUGCAGCAUUGAUAGGUUUGGCAUUUCUUGCCGCAGUUGGUAUAACAUUACUGGUGUUAGGAUGUGCUCUAGAUGCAUACAACAACUGGUGGCCAAUGUUUGUGUUGAUAUUCUAUUUCCUCGUUCCGGUACCCACCAUCAUCUCACGGCGAAUGGCUAACAAUUUUGACACUGCUAGCAGUGCGUGUGUUGAGUUGUGUAUAUUUCUAACUACAGGAAUAGUGGUGUCGUGUCUAUCUUUACCAAUAAUUUUAGCGAGAGUUUCAGUGAUAGAGUGGGGAGCAUGUGCACUAGCAGUAUCAGGCAGUAUUGUUGUAUUUCUAACAAUUCUUGGAUAUUUUUACGUGUUUGCAAAUGAGGAUUUGGACUACUCUAUGUGGUAGCGGAAAAAGGUGACAAAUAGUGCAAACACAGCGUAGAAAUUCCUUCAGUGCUACAGAGUUCAACUAUUACUGUUGAAUCAUGUUGAAAUUCAGCAUGAAAAUGCAUUAAAUAUAUAAUAUUUGAGGGGCUGAGCACAAAACUAUUGUAUCUUGUUCUUAAUUCAUAUACAGUUACACCAGUUUUGUGCUUACAACUCUUAUUAACUCUGUUUCUGUAAUAUACUAUGCUACGAUCUUUUACAUAUUAAAGGGGCGUCUAUUUUGCAUUGCUGGCUGAUCGGCCAAGUUAAUGAUACUUUUAUAGGUUUUUUGUGUUCACCCUUUUCUGGCCAUCAUAGUGUUGUGUUAAGGAUUGAGCAGAACUCUUGCAAGAUCAGGGUCAGAUUAUAU